UAAUAGGGGAGUGGUUAAAUACACUAAGUUUCAUUUAGUCAGAAAUGGUUGUCGCAUGCUGGUCAUCUGUUUUGUAGUUAAUGGAGAGCAGAGUUCGACUUCAUAUUUGAUUAUAUAUGUACAGUUCAUGUAAUUGCAAGGACCAACAGUCAUGUGUUGUACGGUGACUGACAUGGAUCCAACGGCUCUGAUCUACAAGGUCCUCUGUGCCCAUAAUGGGUCCUUUGAGCUGGGAGAAUUGCGUGCCAACAUUAGCACCACAGAAGAUGACCUGGAAAGUGUGUUAGGGAAUCAGGAGAUGUUUAACAGGGCUGUCUCUAAGGGAAACAAACUGAUAGUUGCCCAGACGAAGAUGAGGUUAUGCAGAGCUAAAGGAUGUAGUGGCUGCAGCAAUUUACACCUGUGUAAGUUCUACCUGUAUGGAACAUGUCCAUCCAAUGAGAGACAAGGAUGCCGUCUCUGCCAUGAGCUAACGUCAGAGUACAACAUCAGAGUCCUGAGAGAGCACCACCUGGAAGAACUGGACAGGAAGGAGCUGUUUACAUUACUGCUGCAGAAUGACAAUGCCCUUUUACCCCCAGUUUGCUUCACAUACAACAAAGGUAGUGGAGAGUACGGAUACUGUCCUGACAAGGAGAAAUGCAGAAGACUCCACGUCUGUGAGCGCUACAUUACAGGAACCUGUGCUGCAGAGGUGGACUGUGACAGGUCUCACGACUUCUACGAGCCCCACCCGCUCAACACCCUACAGCAGAGGGGACUACCUAAUGAACUGGUGGCAUCCAUGUUGUCCACCUACCGCAACAUCCAGGCAAUCAGGGAUACAAUUGAUGAUAGUGACAACCCACGUUGCAAAAAAGACUCUGGCAACCGCCUGCAGAAAUCCAAAGCUUUACCAAAUCACUGGGAUAAAUCUUCAGUACCUGAAACUGGAUUCAAGAGGGUUGCUGUGCAGAGUUCCUCAGCUGAGCACAAGAAUAUUCUGGAUCUUUUCCAUCAAACUAUGACUGGCUUCAGUGUGACGACUAUUGAGAGGGUGCAAAAUCGGAUCCUGUGGGAGGUCUUUUCGUGGCAAGGAGAUGUGAUGAGAAAGACAAACGCAGGGAAGGAGAAUGAGAAGCAGCUCUUCCAUGGAACAGACUCUAAACACGUGGACGCUAUAUGCCUGCAGAACAUAGACUGGAGGAUGGGUGGAACACAAGGAACGCCCUAUGGGCAAGGAAGCUACUUCUCCAAGGAUGCCAAGUUCUCCCACAGCUACACCAGCCAGUCAGAAGUCAGGUCCAUGUUUGUUUGUCGUGUGCUGGUGGGAAACUACACACAAGGACACUCCAGCUACCUCUGCCCCACCUCAAAAGAUGGAAGUCACACCAUAUAUUUACAUUUACAUUUAAGUCAUUUAGCAGACGCUCUUAUCCAGAGCGACUUACAAAUUGGUGCAUUCACCUUAUGACAUCCAGUGGAACAGCCACUUUACAAUAGUGCAUCUAAACCUUUUAAGGGGGGGGUGAGAAGGAUUACUUUAUCCUAUCCUAGGUAUUCCUUAAAGAGGUGGGGUUUCAGGUGUCUCCGGAAGGUGGUGAUUGACUCCGCUGUCCUGGCGUCGUGAGGGAGUGUGUUCCACCAUUGGGGAGCCAGAGCAGCGAACAGUUUUGACUGGGCUGAGCGGGAACUGUACUUCCUCAGUGGUAGGGAGGCGAGCAGGCCAGAGGUGGAUGAACGCAGUGCCCUUGUUUGGGUGUAGGGCCUGAUCAGAGCCUGGAGGUACUGAGGUGCCGUUCCCCUCACAGCUCCGUAGGCAAGCACCAUGGUCUUGUAGCGGAUGCGAGCUUCAACUGGAAGCCAGUGGAGAGAGCGGAGGAGCGGGGUGACGUGAGAGAACUUGGGAAGGUUGAACACCAGACGGGCUGCGGCGUUCUGGAUGAGUUGUAGGGGUUUAAUGGCACAGGCAGGGAGCCCAGCCAACAGCGAGUUGCAGUAAUCCAGACGGGAGAUGACAAGUGCCUGGAUUAGGACCUGCGCCGCUUCCUGUGUGAGGCAGGGUCGUACUCUGCGGAUGUUGUAGAGCAUGAACCUACAGGAACGGGCCACCGCCUUGAUGUUAGUUGAGAACGACAGGGUGUUGUCCAGGAUCACGCCAAGGUUCUUAGCGCUCUGGGAGGAGGACACAAUGGAGUUGUCAACCGUGAUGGCGAGAUCAUGGAACGGGCAGUCCUUCCCCGGGAGGAAGAGCAGCUCCGUCUUGCCGAGGUUCAGCUUGAGGUGGUGAUCCGUCAUCCACACUGAUAUGUCUGCCAGACAUGCAGAGAUGCGAUUCGCCACUUGGUCAUCAGAAGGGGGAAAGGAGAAGAUUAAUUGUGUAUCUCCAUCUCCUAUGACAGCUGUGUGGAUGAUAUCUACAACCCCUCUGUAUUUGUGGUGGUCGGGAAGCAUCAGGUUUACCCAGAGUACCUUAUUCAGUACAGGGAAGGGUCCAGGCCUGGGACCUAUGUUCCACCACCUAACUUUGUCCAGAACCAGAGCCACCACAACAUGCACUGGACAUCUAUUCCAGUCAAGCUACGCUCACCAGCCACCCCUGUGCUGCCCAACAAUGCAAGGUUCAGAUCUCCUUGCCCAACAGGACCUGCCUUUGCCCAGCCCACACUCAGUACCCAGCCACUAUUUUCACACUACUCAAACCCACCCAGGCCUCCCUCCAAUCCCUCUGUUUCAAACCCUUCAAGACAGAGAACCCCCAGACCUACCUUGACACAUGCUUCUGCACAGUUUGGCUCCCUUAACUUCUUGACACAUCCAUCGUUUCAGCCAGGCCUGAUGACUUACGUCCCUCAUCCACCACCCUGGGUCGGCUCUAUGACCUCCAUUCCACGCGCACCUCCACCCAGGACAAGAUCACAGUUUGCUAAAAUGAAAGCAAAAAGUACAUCAAUGGCAUCACUAGAUAAUCUAUAAUCCUUGGUAGUCUAAUUGUAUUUAUUUAGAGGGAAAUUACCUUAUAUGUAAAUAAAUUGUAUUUAUGGAUUACAUUUUGAAAUGUGUCCUUUUUAGCUCAAUUGGUAGAGCAUGGUGCUUGUAAUGCCAUUGUAGUGGGUUUGAUUCUCAGGACCACCCAUACGUUAAGGGAAUGCACGCAUGACUGUAAGUCACUUUGGAUAAAAGUGUCUGCUAAAUGGCAUUUAUUAUAUAAUGUGUAGUUCAGUGUUGACAAAAUAAUCCGAAUUGGGCUGCCUGUGUAAACGCAGUCAUAAUAGUUUCGGAAUGCACCACUGCAUAAAAUAAAACGUUCAUGUUUUGUCUACUU